AUGCAGGCUGUCGUAGGUCCUCGUAUGGAAUUUUUGGAUAUCGUACCAGAGUGGCCUGGCAGUGCUCAUGAUAGCAGAAUUUUUCGUACAUCCCGAUUACACAUGCGAUAUGUGACGGGAGAAUUAGAUGGAAUCCUUGUCGGGGAUGGUGGAUAUCCAUGUCUGCCUUUUCUCAUGACACCCCUGCGGAAUCCACAGACUGAAGAAGAAAUAAGGUACAAUGAAAUCCAGAUCAGGACCCGACAAAUAGUAGAGAGAACGUUCGGUGUUUGGAAGCGCCGUUUUCCAUGUCUGUCAAGGGGUCUAACAAUGAAGCUUUCCACAACAACGGUAGUUGCAUGUGUCGUGUUGCAUAAUUUAUCCCUAAUUUUCAAUGACAAUCUUGUUGAAGAAGAUGAAAUUGAAAUCCAAAAUGAAGAUGGAGAAGCAUUAUUGGGAAACAUGGAAAAUGAUAAUGGCGUUGAAGGAUUUGCUACACGUGAAGCACUUAUUGCCCGUAUGUUUCAUUAAAUAGUUGCAAUGUAAUGUAAUAAGGGGUUUUUUAUGCCGCAAGGCUUUUUCCCCUUAUUGUGUCUAUCGAGCCAAUAAAUAAUUGUUAUUCUUUCGGCUCAAAUUGAUUUAAUUUAUUUAUUAAAAUACCCUCAUCCUCAGUCCUAUCACAACCUA